GAGGAGGAGGAGGACACAUCUUCAGUGUCCAGAAAACCUCCAGGUUUGAGUAAUACACUUGGACCCUCUGACACAAAACAGAGAGCAGAGUCUCCAGUCCCCAGCUGUCUGUCUAUGAAGAGUGACCGGUCUAAAGAUGAACCUUUGUACUUCAGCAAAGAUCCUGGACCCUCAGACACAAAACAGAGAGCAGAGUCUCCAGUCCCCAGCUGUCUGUCUAUGAAGAGUGACGGGUCCAUAUGUGAACCUAUAUACUUCAGUAAUGAACCUGGACCCUCAGACACAGAACAGAGAGCAGAGUCUCCAGUCCCCAGCUGUCUGUCUAUGAAGAGUGACCGGUCCAAAAGAGAACCUAUAUACUUCAGUAAUGAACCUGGACCCUCAGACACAAAACAGAGAGCAGAGUCUCCAGUCCCCAGCUGUCUGUCUAUGAAGAGUGACCGGUCCAAAAGAGAACCUAUAUACUUCAGUAAUGAACCUGGACCCUCUGACACAAA